GUUGUGCCUGAGAGGUCAAACUGAGGGCAUUCCACUAUCUUCCGUCACUGCUGACAUCAUCAUUGCACUUGGUGACUACUGUUAUCAAGAUGGCGCUGCGACCAGGAGCUGGAGGAGGUAGCAGCUUUAUGUAUCCUGUCGGUGGGGGAUUAGGGCCACCACAAGUUAAGGAUCAAUGCAAGUCAUUAGGUAGAAGCAUGGUACCCCUGCAACAGCAGCAGCAGCAGCAGCAACAGCAGCAGCAACAGCAGGGCUUUCCUAUGGUUCCAGUCCUGCAGCCAAACAUGCAGGGCAUGAUGGGAAUGAACUUUGGAGGUCAGAUGCCCCCUGGAGCCAUGCCUAUGCAGGGUGGGAUGGCGAUUGGGAUGCAGACUCCUGGGAUGCCAUUCUUGGGGCAGCCACAGUUUAUGGGUAUGAGACCUGCUGGCCCCCAGUACACUGCUGACCUGCAGAAACAAAUGGUCGAGGAGCACCAAAAACGCCUGGAGCAGCAGCAGAAGAUGCUGGAGGAGGACAGGAAAAGAAGACAGUUUGAGGAGCAGAAACAGAAGCUGAGGCUGCUCAGCAGUGUCAAACCCAAGAUAGGGGAAAAGAGCCGUGAUGAUGCCUUGGAAGCAAUCAAAGGCAACCUGGAUGGCUUCAGCAGAGACGCAAAGAUGCACCCCACCCCAUCAUCACAAACCAAGAAGCCAGACUCAUCGCCAUCACACCUGUCUGUCACCACUCACUCCCUCUCCCCAGCUUUGUCUGAGGACAGUGAUGACUUUAGUGACUUUCAGGGGCCUGUAGACACGCCCGCCUCCUUUCCUCCAUCCUCCUCCUCCACUGCUUCCUCCACGCUCAGCCUCUCCUCUCAGGCCCAUGUUCAGCCUUCGCCUCGUGCCCCCAAACCAGGUUUCUCUGAGGACAAUGAUGAGUUUAGUGACUUUGUUCAGGGUCCUGUAAAUGCUUUCCCUUCCUCCAACUUUCAUCUCUCCUCUCAAGGCCAAGUCCAGUCUUUGUUUCCCUCCUCACAAUCCCUCCCUCAGUCCCUCCCUGCCUCUGUGUCCAUUCCCACUGCCACCCAACACUCUGCUGCCAACACCAGCUCCCAAUCUACAUUUCAAGGCCCGUCUCUGGAAGAGAAGCUCUUCUCCUCAUGUGAUCUUACUGCUGAAAAGACGGCCCUGGUUACCUUUAAACCCAAGCAGAGUUUGGUUGAAAUGGGCCCUAGAGCUAAAGUUUCAGCCCAGUUUCAAUCCAGCACUAAAGCGAGGAACUGGGCUGCGGCCUCUGAGGACUUGAGUUCUAUCUUCAUUGCAGAAAAGAUACCUGAGGCUCCUGUGUCAUUGCCCAGCAUCUCCCUAUCAGCUGCUGACUCAUCUCCUCAAACCAGUAGCAACAGUGCAGGUGUUGGUGUGUACCCACAACAAGAGCACAUCCAGCCCAUGCUGCCAGCUUGGGUUUACAAUGACAGCCUUGUCCCAGAAAUGUUCAAGAAGGUUCUUGAAUUCACCAUGACUCCGGCAGGGAUAGACACCGCCAAGCUCUACCCAAUAUUAAUGUCAUCAGGUCUUCCUAGGGAAGCCCUGGGGCAAAUCUGGGCAUCAGCCAAUCGCACAACACCUGGCAUGCUGACCAAGGAAGAGCUCUACACUGUACUUGCACUAAUUGGUGUGGCACAGUUUCAGAGUGGCCUCCCAGCCUUGAAUGUGGAAAUCCUCAGUCAGUUCCCUUCUCCACCAGUGCCCAACCUACCUGCUCUGGCUAUGGCCAUGGCCCCUGUCAUGCACCAGCAGCCCAUGAUGACCCAGCCCCCAGUCUCUAUGGCAGUGCCCACACCGGCACCACCGGUCAUGGCAAUGCCGCCUACAGCACUGGCUCAGCCACCCACAAACACUAAUUUCAUUGCCAGCUUCCCUCCUGCACAGGGGACCAAAGCCGAUGACGAUGACUUCCAGGACUUCCAGGAGGCUCCAAAGGCAGGAGCAGGAGACCAGGCCUUCACUGAGUUCCAGGGGGAGUCAAGUGGAAUUUUCCCCACCACCAUUGCACCUCAGCACCAAAACAGCAGCACUUCUGCCAUGCUGACUCCAGUGUCUGGUACCACCUCCGCCUCUGUCACAUCCUCUGAUAAGUACGCUGCCUUCAAGCAGCUGUCUGUGGAUCAGCCUGCAGAGCCUGCUCCCCCUGCCUCAGAUGUUGGAGACAAGUACAGUGUUUUCAGACAGCUUGAGCAACCUGCUGACAAGAAACCUGUCGGGGAAGGAUUUGCAGAUUUCAAGUCUGUCAGCGGUGAUGAUGGCUUCACAGACUUUAAAACCGCGGACAGCAUCUCUCCACUAGACCCAUCAGAACCGCCCAAGAUCUUCCAGCCUGCCUUCCCUUCUGCUUUCCCAAACUCUCAGUCUCUACAACAACUGCCACAGCAGCCAGCAGUGUCUCUUUCUCAGCCCAAAAACCCUCUCAACAUGGCCGACCUGGACCUUUUCUCUUCUAGAGAUCCCCCCGUUCCUGUUCCCACUGAGACAAAACCCAGCACUUUCCCCUCAGUGUCUUUGCCUCCCUCUCUAGUGCUCAUACCAGGUGGAGCCAAACCUCCAGGGGCAGGGUCAGAUGACUUUGGUGACUUUGCCCUUUUUGGCUCCUCCUCUGAUGCCACUCAAGCUUCAACAGCGGGUGGGGCCACAGCAGCGCCUCAGGACGACUUUGCAGACUUCAUGGCAUUUGGCAGUUCUGGUGGAGAGCCUAAAAGUGAGAGUAAUGUGGGGGUCCAAGGAGAGACCUCCAUGCAGCAGCGGCCUCAGCAGACCUCAGACAAGUAUGAUGUGUUCAAACAGUUGUCUCUGGAGGGAGGUCUUGCCUAUGAUGACACCAAGGAGAGUGGUGGCGGGUCCUUCUCUUCUCUCAAGAGUGAUACAGACGACUUUGCCGACUUUCAGUCCUCGAAGUUCUGCACAGCACUCGGGGCUUCAGAAAAGACUCUGGUGGACAAGGUGGCCGCCUUCAAACAGGCAAAGGAAGACUCAGCUUCUGUCAAGUCCCUCGACCUCCCAUCCAUCGGUGGGAGCAGCAUGGGAAAGGACGACUCAGAGGAUGCACUUUCAGUGCAACUAGACAUGAAGCUGUCGGACAUGGGUGGAGACCUGAAACACGUGAUGUCGGACAGCUCUCUGGAUUUGCCGGGUCUCUCUUCCCACCAGCCCCCUGCUACAGAAGGAGACGACAUGAAAUCUGACCCCUUUGGGACAUCGGCCCUCAGUACCUUGGCCGCCUAUGACUGGUCAGACCAGGAGGAAUGUCUGCCCCGUGAGGUCACAAGACCGCAGUUCUUGGACGAAGCUUCCAUUCCAUCUUUAGUACCAGUACAGAGGAAGGAGCUGACCUUUGGCAGCACUGAGAACAUCACAAGCAACUCUGCGGCAAAGAUCACCACCUUCUUCCGAACAGAGGAUGGUUCAUCGACAGAUGACAAGUUUGAAGCCUUCGCUGACUUCGGCUCUGGCGACCAGGGUGGUGUCGAUGACGAAGAUGACUUUGGGGACUUCGCAAGUACUGUUUCUGAGAAGUCCGACUCACCCGCCACCACUGCUGAUGUGGGCUCUGAGGGAAACCAAAGUGAGGUCUCUGACGAGCCCGGAGCCAUCCAGCUGGACAAGCCUAAGUUUGGCAAGUCCGACUUCCUCAAAGCCAGCGCUCAGGCCAAAGUCAAGUCUAGUGAGGAGAUGAUCAAGAACGAACUAGCAACUUUUGACUUGUCUGUUCAAGGCUCCCACAAGCGCAGUCACAGUUUGGGUGAGAAGGAGAUUGGGCGUUCGCCCCCAUCUCCUGCACCAGAACAGCCUUUCAGAGAUCGAUCGAACACUCUGAGCGAGAAGCCCAGCCUGCCUGUCAUCAGGGACAAGUACAAGGACCUUACAGGGGAGGUGGAGGAGAGCGAGCGCUACGCAUACGAGUGGCAGAGAUGUCUAGAAAGUGCUCUGGAGGUCAUCACCAAAGCUAACAACACCCUGAACAGCAUCAGCAGCUCCUCUGUCUGCACUGAGGUCAUCCAGUCUGCUCAGGGCAUGGAGUACCUGCUGGGUGUGGUGGAAGUGUAUCGUGUCACCAGGCGUGUGGAGUUGGGCAUCAAGGCAACAGCAGUGUGCUCUGAGAAGCUGCAGCAGCUGCUGAAGGACAUCAACCGCAUGUGGAACAACCUCAUAGGCUUCAUGUCGCUGGCCAAGCUCACUCCUGAUGAAAGCUCCCUGGAUUUCUCAACCUGCAUUCUGAGGCACGGCAUCAAGAAUGCCAAGGAGCUGGCUUGUGGGGUGUGUCUGCUCAACGUUGACGCUCGCAGCAAGAACAAAGAAGAGCGCACUAUUGGACGUCUGUUUAAACGAGCAUCAAUUAAACACAGUGACAGGAAGUUAAGGGCGUUCAACUCGGAGACUGACAACUUCAAGCUGCUCUAUGGGGGUCACCAGUACCACGCCAGCUGUGCCAAUUUCUGGAUCAACUGUGUGGAACCAAAACCUCCAGGCCUCAUCCUGCCUGACCUGCUCUGAGCCUUGAAAGCAAUUGCCAUGAUGAUUAUGCGCGGGCUGAUCAACACCAGACCGGUGGUGUAGCCGGCCACCUUGCACCGCAUGGGCUCUCACCUUGGACUGAGAAUGAAAGGAGGAUGUUUAAAGUCACUGGAUCUUCUGUAUUUAUUUGCUUUUUAUUCAGACAUCUGUGUUUUGGUGAACCCAUCCAUGCUGUUACGGUUACCAUUUUGUUAUUCUGUUCAAAUGACCUAAAAUACGUAGGUUAGCUAUAGAGUUCUUAUUUAAGUCUAUUACUAAUGAUGCUUUUAAUAAAUUAUUUUCAGAUUUUCACUGCCGCAAAAGUCCACAUCACAAAAUAAUUACUGGUCAGUGACCUAUUAACAUCCUUUGUGUGCAAUCUCACUACACACACUGGGAGAGGAACUAAACAUCUUGGGGAUUUAAUGGUUCUUGUUGCUUUGCUUCUGUUGGAGAGGAAUUUUAUUUACGACUCCCUUUGUUCCCACUCAACCAGAGCUGUUGAAUCAUAAGCCUGUUAUUGUACUUGAAUUACAUUUGCUGGGCCUGUUUAUUGAAGCUUGUGGCUGUUAUGGUUUUAAUAUCUUUUAGAAAGUCUUUACAUUGAACCCAUCACUGCUGUGCUGGAAGGCAGAUGUCUACCUUUUCAUGAGAUGUGUUGAAUUACCUACUUUGAAUGUCUUUUGCACUGUUGGAAAGAGACUUCAACACCUCUUAUGGUAUUUAAAUAGUAUUUUAUAUGUACUAUGAGGGAAACAAGUCAUGAUUUGGGGGCUUGAAGGGAGCCAUUGUAACAGUUGUUUCUGUUUUGGUGUUAUGUGCAACUACCUGUGUAAGUACAGAAGAUGAUGCGAUUUUGAAUUAAAAUUGCAGCACUUUUUGUAAAUUAGCUUCAUGCUGUAGCAUUGUACUUAUGACUGUAUUGUGAAUGUGAUAUAAAUAAAUGAGUAGGCAUACAUUGUCAGUCAAAUCAUAUAGGUUCACAUUUUUCAA